UUCGUAGUACGAAUACAUUUCGGAGACUCGUUUUAACGUACUGCGAUUUGGGAUACACUGAUUCUGCUGCUAAAUAUGACCUAUAGUAGUCGAGUCGGAACGCAGUAUGUGUUCACUUAUAUUGUGCUCGACGAGGAACAAAAUACAGAGCUCUCUCUUUAACCCUUAAUGAACUAAACGAGCAUCACAUUUUAAAUUAUUGUUAUAUGCUCAAGUGCAAGAUUUGCGCUUUAGGACAUUACAGGUGAAUUUCUCUGCGAUGCAAAAGAAUCUUUAAGUUUAUAUCAGACAGGUGAUGAAGUGGAAGAAGAAGCAGUGAUAGAUUCCAACAUGGCUGCGCCCUUAGAGUAACAUCACAAGUCAUGUGGAGGCCCACAUGGUGCAGAUGUUUCAGACCCAGGUCUGCAGUGUGGUGUACAACGUGGAGACGCAGGCUGUGUUUUCCCCCUUCCUCCUCCUCCUCCUCCUCAUCUUCGUCUCUUAGGUCUCAGUCAGAAAAGGCCAAACGGAAACGAAAGCGAGAGACGUCCAUACUCAGCAGCGAUGUUGAGAAUGUUGGAAUGAAAUGGGCAGAAAAAGAAAAGAUAAUAUACUCUGCAGAAUCCUUGCCUGGAGAGAAGAAAGAUACCACUUUGCCCCUCCCGCAGUCUUACAGCCCAGAAUAUGUGGAGUCUUGCUGGUAUCAGUGGUGGGAGCAGCAGGGAUUCUUUGACCCUAAGAAACAUAGCGAGAUGCCACAAGCUGUGGAUAAAUAUUUCUCUCUCUGUAUACCGCCGCCGAACGUGACGGGCACGCUGCACCUCGGCCACGCCCUCACUGUGGCGAUCGAGGACGCAUUGGCUCGUUGGCGGCGAAUGCACGGCUACAGAGUGUUGUGGGUGCCGGGAUGUGACCACGCUGGCAUCGCGACGCAGACUGUGGUUGAGAGGAGACUGUUACAGGAGCACGGAAAGCGCCGACAGGACUACAGCAGAGAGGAAUUCCUGCAGGAGGUGUGGAGAUGGAAAAACCAGAAAGGAGACGAGAUUUAUCGACAGUUAAAGAAACUCGGAGCUUCACUGGACUGGAGUAGAGCGUGUUUCACCAUGGACACGAGUUUCAGUGAUGCCGUGACUGAGGCUUUCGUGAGGAUGUGUGAUUCAGGGCUGAUCUAUCGCUCUGAAAGCCUGGUCAACUGGAGCUGUGCUCUGGAGUCGGCCAUCUCCGAUAUCGAGGUCGAGUCGAAGCAGCUAUCAGGCCGGACUCUUUUGUCAGUUCCUGGAUACCAGCGUAAAGUCGAAUUUGGGACCAUGGUCACGUUCGCCUACCCGAUAGAGGGACAGCAAGGAGAGGUUGCUGUAUCGACCACUCGUCCCGAGACCAUGCUGGGGGACGUGGCCAUCGCUGUACAUCCUGAUGACCCUCGGUACCAGGCUCUCCAUGGAAAACAGUGCAGGCACCCGUUCACAAACAGGCUGUUACCUAUAAUCACAGACACCAUGGUGGACAUGGAAUUGGGAACAGGAGCUGUGAAGCUGACCCCAGCUCACGAUCACACCGACUUCCUCGUCUCUCAGAGACACGCGCUGCCUCGCCUCACUGUGAUCGGCGGAGACGGAACCAUGACGUCUCUUUGUGGCCAGUGGCUCGAGGGUGUGAAGCGCUUUGAUGCCAGAGAGCGUGUGAUUAGUGCACUGAUGGAGAGAAAGCUGUUUAGAGGGAAGACGGAGAACACCAUGUCUUUACCAGUUUGCAGCCGAUCUGGAGACGUCGUUGAACCUCUGCUGAAGAAACAGUGGUUUGUUCGAUGUGAGGAAAUGGCACAGAAAGCAAUACAAGCCGUGGAAGACGGAGAGCUCGAAUUAAUUCCUCACUUCCACACUAAAACAUGGAAGAACUGGCUCGCUAAUAUCAGUGAUUGGUGUAUUUCCAGACAACUUUGGUGGGGACAUCAGAUUCCAGCUUACCGAGUGACAUCACCACACUCUCCCACACAGGAGGAGCAGUGGGUUUGGGGUCGGAGUGAAUCGGAGGCCAGGGAACGUGCCGCUGCAGAACUUGGUGUGGACCCUAAAGCUGUUGAUCUGAUUCGAGACCCAGAUGUGCUGGACACGUGGUUCUCUUCAGCUCUUUUCCCUUUCGCCAUGUUGGGAUGGCCGGAGCAGACAGAUGACCUGAAGCAGUUUUAUCCCAACACCAUUCUGGAAACAGGAAGUGACCUCAUCUUUUUCUGGGUGGCUCGGAUGGUAAUGUUAGGCACAGAGCUGACAGGACAGCUGCCCUUCAGACAGGUGCUCUUCCACUCCCUGGUGAGGGAUAAGCACGGGCGAAAGAUGAGCAAAUCUCUGGGAAACGUCAUCGACCCUUUGGACGUAAUCUCAGGCGUCUCUCUGGAGAGACUUCAAGAAAAAGUGAUGGAAGGAAACUUGGAUGCGAGAGAGAGAGCGGUUGCUUUGGAAGCACAGAAGAAGGAUUUCCCAAAGGGUAUCCCAGAAUGUGGCACAGAUGCGUUACGCUUUGCUCUCUGCUCAUACAAAGCCCAGGGAGACGACGUCAGCAUGUCCGUAUCUCACGUCCUGAGCUGUAGACACUUCUGUAAUAAGAUGUGGCAGACGGUCCGCUUCACUCUGGGAGCUCUGCAGGACACAGGAGCUCCUCUGAUACCACUUGAGGAGACCUUUCCUGUGUCGAGGAUGGACAGAUGGAUCUGUUCGCGGCUUUACAGUACAAUAACACAGUGUGAUAAAGGCUUCGAGAGCUACGAGCUCCACACCGUCACCUCGGCUCUGCAUUCUUUCUGGCUCCACAGCCUCUGUGACGUGUAUCUGGAAUGCAUUAAGCCUGUAUUGAAGCAGGACAUGAUUGAAAAUGAAGCGCGAAAUGAAGAGAAGCAGAUUGCCACUGCUGUGCUCUAUCACUGCGUGUCCAUUUCUCUCCGCCUUCUUUCCCCUUUCAUGCCUUUUCUCACUGAGGAGCUCUGGCAAAGAUUGCAGCCCUAUAGCCCAAACCCUACUACAGCUCCAUGCAGUGUGUGUAUGCAGCCGUAUCCAACAGCCUCUCAGCUGGCGCACUGGCACUUUCCUGAAGAGGAAACAGAUUUUCCGUUGGUACAGGAAGUGGUCAGGGUAGCCAGGUCACUCAGGGCCCAGUGUCACAUGACAAAGGAAAAGCCUGACAUGUGGGCAGUGUGCACAGCAGACCAAGCACAAACACUCCACAGCUUCAGUCAUGCUAUCUGCAUCCUGGGCCGGAUCUCUAAUCUUUAUCUGCACUGUCCUUCAGAGGGUACCAGCUCCCUACCGUUCUCCACUGUACCACCUACACAUCAAGGGAGUACCGUUGGUGUGACUGACCAUUCAGUCCAAUUACACCUGGAUAUACAGGGUUGCAGUAAUAGCAACAAAAAGAUGAUCCUACUUUCUCAACGUAGAGAAAAGAUUCUCUUUAAACUUGAGCAGAUUCUCUCACGGACAAAAGUACCAAACUACACAGAGAAGGUUCCUGACCGCAUUCAGCACGAGACGCGGAAUAAGAUUGCAGCAUUGGAGCAGGAGUUAAAAAGCAUCGAGAAACAACUUUUAACUUCGGAGCUGGUCACAAAACCCAAAUGAUGCAUAAUAAUUGAAUUAUAUACAGUGUUUAAGCUGGAAUUUACGACAACCGUUGACCGGAACAACGUGAAAAACAAAGAAAGAUGUAUACAAAGUGUUUGUAUACAUCAUAAAUGUAUAAAUUAUUAGUAACGUAUAAAUUAUUCAUCAUAUACACAUCAAAUAUCUAGCAUCUUUGUUUACAUUGUAAUUGUAAUUGAUUGUUUCCGGUUUCCAGAUUCAUUUAAUCUCUGUCUCCAUUUUUUUUAGUUAAAUAAACAACUUGUUUAGAAUUGUUACAGAAUUGUUGUUAAUAAAUUCUAGUAUAAUUAUAAAUAUAAAUUGUAGUAUAAUAUGAAGUGAUAGCAUUAAUCGUCACGUGCACAACAAUAAUUAUGAAAAAAUGAAAUUUGUAUCCUGAUUCCAAAGUGAAUAUGACAUAGAUUUGGGCUUCAUUGUGCUGAUGAAUGU